AGAUAAAAUACAAAUCGAUGUCGAGAAUGACAUGAACGACAGAACAGGCAGAGACGGCAAGAAACACUGGCACGUCAAGAAAUCACGAUUCACCUACAAACUAAAAGACAAAUCUCGUUUAAAAUUUGAAAAUCUCUUCAAUGGCAACGAAGUUUUGGCUCGUGCUGCGAACGAUAUCAUCGAGAAUAACUCCAACGAUGUCGUCAAAGAACUCGGUACACCCAUCAUUAAAGCUGUUGUUGAUAAGAUCGUUGAAAAUAUCAACAAAUUCUACAAAGCCGUUCCAGCCGAAGAAGUCGCUUUAGAUUAACGUUCUUAAAUGUUUUUAAAGAAAUAAUGAUAUCGAGAAUACGCAGGCUUAUCAAAAGUUAUUAAAGAUAAAUUUCGUUGUCUGUGUAUUGUGUAUUAUUUAUUAAAAUCAAAAAAUCAAAAAUCAAAAUCAAAAUCAUUUAUUCAGUCUAGGCUGUUACAAGCACUUGUGAAAGUCGAGAGCUACGCCAACGGUUCGUAAAUCUACGGCGGGAGACCUUGUACCGAGAAGAACCGGCAAGAAACUCGGCAAGGGCUGCUUUUUUAUCCCUGUUUUAUUUCAUACAGAGCGUCAAGAUUGAAAAAUGACUUCAU